AUGAGGGUGGGCGCGCUGCAAGACGAUGCUGCCGGUCAAUACCGCGCAGCCAAGCAUCCGCAACCCGUCCUCGAUCCUCUACCCUCCAACCUAUACGAAGGCAGCAUUGAACACGCCGCCCAUCCCAACGCUAAUCCUCCGCCGGACCCUCAGACCCAGGCCAUUAAUGGCAACACCGUCGCCCAUCUUCCUCCUCCUCAUCAGUUUCUCAACCACUCUGCAAAUCCAUCGACAGGCAGCUCGGCCGUCAACAGCUCUCCAUCAGAAGAUGGUCCGCUUGGUCCAAGGUCCGAGCGACCUCUGAUGCUGCGCGCAAAGAGCGACUACGGCCCAGGGAAACAAAGGCAGACCAUUGCCUCAUCAUUCGAGCAGCACAGAGACGGAGAUGAAGCUUCAAAAUUCAAGAUGCGCCACGGUUGGGAAGACCAACUCAUGUCACCAGAGCAAGCAAACCUGUUAUCACAGACAUUUUAUAUGUAUUACACCGACAAGCGGCACGAGACUGCUGGCAAUCCAAAAGAUGUCAAGGAUGAUUAUCACGUCCAGGAAUGGCGUAUGAAGGACCGUCUCAAGACCAUAUCCGCUCUUUUGACCGUCUGCCUGAACAUUGGCGUCGACCCGCCAGAUGUCAUCAAGACAAAUCCCUGUGCACGCAUGGAGUGCUGGGUCGAUCCCAUGGGUACCGAGGGCCCGCAAGGCUCUGGUGGUGCUAAUCCUCAAAUCGGGAAGAACCUACAAACACAGUACGAGACGCUCAGUAUGCGUACCCGCUACAAGCUCGUUAUGGAUCCCAGCAUUGAGGAAAUGAAGAAAUACUGCACCACUCUGCGUCGCAACGCCAAAGACGAAAGAAUACUUUUCCACUACAAUGGCCAUGGCGUGCCAAAGCCUACCGCGGCCGGAGAGAUUUGGGUUUUUAACCGUUCCUUUACCCAGUACAUUCCCAUCUCAUUGUACGACCUACAGAGCUGGCUCGGCGCACCUGGCCUGUUCGUGUAUGACUGUUCUGCUGCCGGUUUAAUCAUCAAGAACUUCCAUCCUUGCAUUAAGAAGCACGAAACCGAUCAAGUAGAGGCCAGACGGCGAGACCCUACAGCACCUUUGAUGAACUGGAGCGAUUGCAUACAUUUGGCUGCUUGCCGCGAAGACGAGUCUUUGCCCACCAACCCUGACCUCCCCGCCGAUCUGUUCACGUCUUGUUUGACUACUCCGAUUGAAAUGGCUGUUCGCUUCUUCAUUCUCCAAAACCCCUUGCCCGGAGGUCCCACUCUUUCUGAAGGCCGCAACAUUCCUGGAAAGAUAUCCGAACGCAGAACUCCUCUUGGUGAAUUGAACUGGAUUUUUACCGCCAUCACUGACACAAUUGCGUGGAACUGCCUUCCUAAACCGCUCUUCAAGAAGUUGUUCCGACAAGACUUGAUGGUCGCUGCCUUGUUUCGUAAUUUCCUCUUGGCUCAAAGGAUCAUGCGAAAGUAUCACUGCCAUCCUCAAUGUUAUCCCGAGAUACCAGAGACCCAUAAUCACCCUCUGUGGCAGAGCUGGGACUAUGCUGUUGAGAUGAUUCUUGCUCAAUUGCCCAGCUUGAUUCAACAAGCCAAAGAAAACAAGGAGCUGGAAUAUUCACACUCCGAGUUCUUUGCGCAUCAACUCAGUGCAUUCGAAGUAUACCUUAGCCAAGGCGCGCUGGAGCAAAAGGUUCCAGAGCAACUUCCAAUUGUCUUGCAAGUACUCCUGAGUCAAGUACAUCGUCUACGCGCCCUGAUCCUUUUGGGUAAGUUCCUCGAUCUAGGGCCAUGGGCUGUCAAUCUUGCUCUCAGCAUUGGCAUCUUUCCCUACGUCUUGAAACUACUUCAAUCCCAGGCGAUUGAGCUCAAACCUGUCAUGGUCUUCAUCUGGACUCGCAUCCUGGCUAUUGACCAAUCAUGUCAGUCGGACCUGCUCAAAGACAAUGGUUACGCCUACUUUAUCAACAUUAUAAGCCCCCAAACCGGUAUCCCUGUUGGCAAUAUGGCUGAGCAUCGUGCCAUGUGCGCGUUCAUCAUUGCCAUGUUCUGCAAAGACUUUCGUCCGGGACAGAAUGUAUGUCUGAGCACUAACCCUGAGCUCAUCGAGAGUCUUUUGAGUCAUUUGGUGGAUAUGGAGAAUCCUCUUCUCAGGCAGCAUUCUUGCCUGUGCAUCAGUAUGCUCUGGUAUGAUUUUCCCGAAGCCAAAUGGCAGGGUAUACGCUCUCAAGCGCACAUGCGCCUCUGCGAUCUUGCUCUUGAUCCUGUGCCCGAGGUUAGAACGGCAAUGCUGCAUGCUUUGACAAGUUUCUUGGGCAUUCCAGACGUGACGGAUCAAGUUGCGUACAUCGAGGAAACCAUUGCUUCAAUCAUUCUCGCCAUGGCAAAUGAUAGCAGCGUCAUGGUUCGCAAGGAGCUGCUUGUGUUCCAUUCCACCUUUAUUGCAAGGUACAAGAACAAGUUCGUUGUGGCAGCAUAUGAGCAAUUUACGGAAGAGCACGCGGCUCAUCUAGCUCAAGAUGCCAGCAUUCAUCGUCCAACAACACCCUCGGAAGCAGUCGGAUCAUAUGACAGCAAGCGUGAUUUGUCCUUUGAAUCCCACAAUUUUUUCUCGAGGGGUUCCGUUGAGUCGGCGGCAUCGAGAAACACGGUGUUUUCGGCAAUGUGGAAGCAAAUUUUGAUCAUAUCAGCCGACCCCCACCCAGAGAUUGCGAGAAACGCAGGUAUUAUUCUGGAUAAUGUCCUGGGUGCCCUGUUUGAUUCUCCGCUGGCUGUAUACGUCCAUCAGAUGCUGGAUGACAUGGCAGCACGGCCUAUUCCCUAUGCUCAAGCACCGGCUACUUUACCGGACGGACCAACAAGACUACAGCAUUCGGACGUUCCCCGAGCUCCACCAUCCCCGACACCAUCGACGAGUUCAAAGCAUGAUGGGUAUUUCUCAGUGUCUGCAGGUCUGAGACGUACAGCUAGUAUGGCCGCCUCCAUUAAAAAUCUUGCUUCCUUUGGUGUUGGCAAAGCUUCCCAAGACCCUUCGCAGAGUCAAUCUUUACGAGGGCCAGGAACUGGCAGACGGUCCCAAGUCCCCUCGGAUUGGAACAGACCACCAGAUGCGGCUGAUCCACAACCAACCCGUGUUCGUGGUCAUCAGAUUGCAAAGUCACCAUCGGUGCCCAACUUUGAACCCAGGAACUUUUCCCAGCCUCCAACAAUCCCUUUGACGUCCAACUUCUUCCAAUGGUCAGCUUCAUAUUUCAGGGAGCCCCAAAUGCGGCCAUCAGAGGCCGACGAGCCAGGAUCUCUAGACUAUAAUGAACGACUGUGGCGACGCAAUCGUAAUGACAAGAUAAUUGCUUCGACACAGCCACUCAAGGAAGUUGCGGGCACUGGCCGCUGGGAUGUUCCCGCUGGGGUGCUUGCAACGAACAGUCCUCCAAUGAGAAUGGUUUUCCAUCAAUUUGAAGACCACCUUGUCAUUAGUGAUGAUCAGGAUGGCAUCACUGUAUGGGAUUGGCACCGGGAGAGAAGAUUGGCGCGAUUCAGUGCGGGCAAUCCUCAUGGUAGCAAGAUCAGCGAUCUUCGUUUUAUCAAUGAAGAUGACCAAGCGCUGCUCAUGACCGGUAGCUCGGAUGGAGUCAUCAAAGUGUUCCGAAAUUACGAGAAUGAGAAAGAAGUCGAGUUGGUCGCUGCAUUCCGCGCACUCACAGAUCUUGUACCUAGCACGCACAAUGCGGGACUGGUCUUUGACUGGCAGCAAGGCCAGGGACGUGUCUUGGUCGCAGGUGAUCUUCGAGUCAUUCGCGUGUGGCAAGCUGGAACAGAAUUGUGCACUGCAGACAUUCCGGCAAGAUCGGGAUCCUGCGUGACUAGCUUGACUUCGGAUCAAGUAGAAGGGAAUGUCUUUGUGGCAGGCUUUGGCGAUGGUGCAAUUCGUGUCUAUGAUCAGCGCAACCGACCAGCAGAAAGCAUGGUACGGGUAUGGAAAGAACACAAGGGAUGGGUUGUUGGAUGCCAUUUGCAGCGCGGUGGCAUGCGAGAACUCAUUUCAGCAGAACGUGGCGGUGCCGUCAGGCUCUGGGACAUUCGUAUGGAUCGCAGUGUGGGUGUAGUCAAAGGUAAGGGUGAGGGCGGUAUCGGCACGUGUCGAACCUUGAGCGUGCAUGAGCAUGCACCCGUGUUUGCAACCGACAGCAGCGAACUCGACGCCGCUGUCAACCAUCGAACCAUUCAGCAACUUCUUGCAUACCAAUGUACUCUCGUCACAUCGACCAACGCCGAUUGCCUCGACGGCAUUCCAUCCUCACAGGAUGAUGUUGGCGUGUUCUACAGUCAACGACGGACAUGUCAGUCUGUUCAAGUGCGCGUCGAGAGAUGGCUCCAUGCUUAG